GCGCAGUGGGUCUGAAGCCCUUUACGGCAGACACGUGCACAAGCGCGAGGCAGUGGCCUUCGCGUUCCAAGGCAUUGUGGGCUGGCAGGGCGACCGUUGAACCUCCUCCCACUGGGCUGUCAUGGCAGGCGUCGGAGCGCUACUUCAGAGGGCGAGAGCCUAUGUGAAGACCAAAAAGUUCCGGGACUACCUGACCAGCACGCACUUCUGGGGUCCUGUGGCCAACUGGGGCCUUCCGCUGGCUGCCUUCAAUGACAUGAAAUCGCCGCCUGACAUCAUCAGUGGCCGCAUGACAACAGCGCUCUUCCUUUGCUCCUUGGUUUUCGUGCGCUUCGCCUACCGUGUGCAGCCUCGAAAUUACCUGCUGAUGGUGUGCCACUGCACCAACGUGGUGGCCCAGAGUAUGCAGGGCACCCGCUACUUGCGCUACCACUAUGGCAGUGGCGCUGCACCUGCCACCGGGGCCUGCGACCCGCUGGCCACCACCAGCCCCAGCCCCAGCCCCGCGUCCUCAAGUAAACAAGCUCCGUAAUGCCUGGGGGCAUCGUUCCUCGCAGCCGGCAAGCACUAACUGAGCUCUAUUCCUCCUGAAGACACCGAUGGAAACUUUGGUUUUGAUUCUCCAACAGUGUGAACCCGGGUGAAACCUGCAGUUUGGCUAAUAAAGAAAAGAGCAUCAAGCCGAGGCUGCUGAGGGUUGU